AGGAGAGAAGGGGGGAUUGAAGGGGGAGGAAGAGGAGGAAGAGUGGGGAGUGCGUGGCCACAGGAGAAAAGAGAGAGAGAGAGAGAGAGCCCUCAGGUGGGCGCCAGGAGCAGCCCCUCACUCGCCUGGGCAGCAGCAGCAGCAGCCUUCCCCUCCAAAGCCCAGAUAACUCCAACAGACAGAAACAUUGUCAGGCUCCAGCAUUUAAGGACCAUUUGCUAUUUUCUAUUAUCUGAACAUCAGUGUGGCAACCUAAAUCCGUGUGAAGAAACAUCCUUGUUAAGAUGAAGCUACAGUCUUUAACCAGUCAUUUUGUUGCAAUCUGUUUCAUAUUCUGCCUGACAGGUCCGAGGUGUUCCAAUGCAGCAGGGAGUCCCGUACGUGAUAUCCAAGGACUCACAGUCUAUGUACGAGGUAAAUGAACAAAAGGAGAUGGGCCAAUUUUUGAAGAACAGCCCAUUGAUACAGUCUACCCAGAAGAAUCUCAGAAGGAAGAGUUACCAUGAAUUGUAGAGGCCAGAGGUAUCCCUACCCCUACUUACAAGUGGCAGCGUAACAAUUGGGAUAUUGAUAUUAAAAUUGCAAAGGAGCAUCAUGUUAUGAUAGGAGGUAACCUGGAAAUCAAUAACCCUGAAAAAUCAAGGGAUGAAGGAACAUACGUUUGCAUAGCAUACAAUGUACAUGGAACUAUAAGGAGCCGAGAAGCAACUCUGAAUUUUGGAUAUCUAUAUCCUUUUACACCUGAAGAGAGACACGCUGUAAAAGUACGGGAAGGUGUAGGUGCUGUCCUUCUCUGUAACCCUCCACCUCAUUAUCCAGAUGAUCUGAGUUAUCGAUGGGUUCUUAAUGAUUUCCCAGAAUUCAUUACUUUGGAUAAACGGCGAUAUGUUUCACAAUCAAAUGGCAAUCUCUACAUUGCCAAAGUGGAAGCAUCAGACAAAGGCAACUACUCUUGUUUUGUGACCAGCAAUUCAAUCACUAAGAGUGUGUUCAGCAGUUUCAUUCCACUUAUUCCUCAAGCAGAUCGUACAAAAGGCUAUCUUCCAGAUAUCAGAGUGAAGUUUAAAGACACAUAUGCACUUUUAGGACAAAAUGUGACACUGGAGUGUUUUGCACUUGGAAACCCUGUUCCUGAGAUUAGAUGGAAUAAAUAUCUGGAACCUAUGCCAACUAGUGCAGAUAUAAGUAUGUCUGGUGCAGUUCUCAGGAUCUACAAUAUUCAGUUUGAAGAUGAAGGGACAUAUGAAUGUGAAGCUGAAAAUCAUAGAGGGAAAGAUAAGCAUUCAGCAAAAGUUUAUGUUCAAGCAUAUCCAGAAUGGGUGGAACACAUUAAUGACACAGAAAGAGAUUUAGGCAGUGAGUUUCACUGGCCAUGUGUCGCUGCAGGCAAACCUAUUCCAACAAUCCGAUGGCUGAAGGAUGGAAUACCGUACUGGAAGGGAGACUUGAGAUUUUCUAGCCUGAAGAAUGAAGACAGUGGCAUGUAUCAAUGUGUUGCAGAGAAUAUACAUGGAAUGAUUUAUUCAAAUGCAGAGCUGAAAGUUAUUGUUUUAGCUCCAACUUUUGAAUUCUACCCAAUGAAGAAAGAAGUCUUGGCUGCUCGAGGAGGUCAGGCUAUAAUCGAGUGCAAGCCCAGAGCAGCUCCUAGGCCAAAACUCACAUGGAUCAAAGGAGCAGAUAUUCUUAGAAAUUCAACCCGGAUACGAAUUUGGUAUGAUGGAAGUCUAGAAAUUAUUAAUGUGACAGCAGCAGAUGCAGGCAACUACACUUGUUUUGUAGAAAAUUUCAAAGGAAAAGCUAACAGUUCUUCUGCUCUUUUGACCACAGCUCCUACAAGGAUAGAUCUAGCUCCAACUAAUGUUGAUGUCAUUGUUGGACAGAAUGCCACCAUGCAGUGUCAUGCAUCCCAUGAUCCCUCUUUAGACUUGACUUUUAUUUGGCUUCUCAAUGGAUAUCCAAUAGAUGUUGAUAAAGAGAGUGAAUAUUAUGAAAGGAGCAUUAUGGUAAGGCCUCCUGGUCCCCCUGGAGGACUCAAAGUAGAAGAAAUCAGAAACACAUCUGUAGUUCUUACUUGGAGUCGUGGAACAGACAAUCAUAGUCCUAUUUCAAAUUACACUAUCCAGUCCAGGACUUUUCUUUCUGACUACUGGAAAGAUAUGAAAACAGAUCCUCUAAUUGUUGAAGGAAAUGUUGAAUCAGCCAAAGUGAUUGAUUUAGUCCCAUGGAUGGAAUAUGAAUUCCGGAUAAUGGCCACUAAUAUUUUAGGGACAGGAGAACCUAGUAUUCCAUCACAGAAAAUUCAAACAGAUGGAUCUCCUCCUAAUGUGGCUCCUUCUGAAGUUGGAGGAGGGGGUGGCAGCAAUCGAGAACUGACAAUAACAUGGGUGCCUUUGCCAAGAGAGUAUCACUUUGGUAAUAAUUUUGGAUAUGUAGUAGCAUUCAAGUCCUUUGAUCAAAAAGACUGGAAAAGAGUUACAGUUCCUCAGCCUGAUAUUGGUCGAUAUGUGCAUAAGGAUGAAUCAAUGCCUCCUUCAACACAGUACCAAGUGAAAGUGAGAGCAUUUAAUAACAAAGGUGAAGGACCAUUUAGCCUUACUGCUAUCAUCUAUUCAGCAGAAGAUGCUCCUUCUGAAAGACCUAGAAAUGUUAAUGUAAAAGUCAGAUCAUCCACAGAAGCUACUGUUUCCUGGGAGCAUAUUUUUAAUCCAGCUGUUACAGGAUAUGAGAUCCGUUAUUGGUCCAGUCGUGAAAAGGAAGGAGCUGCAAAUAGACUACAAGUGGGCAGUAUGAAUUUUUCAGUAAGGCUAGAAAAUCUGAAACCUGACACACAAUAUUAUGCAGAUGUGACAGCUUUCAAUACAGCCGGAUUUGGACCUACCACACCACCGCUGGGUUUUCUUACAGAAAAAGCACCUCCAAGGCAACGACCAAGAAUUAUCAGUGCUGUAAGGUCUGGUUCAAAGUAUAUCAUCACAUGGGACCACGUUAAAUCACAGUCUAAUGAAUCUACUGUGAAAGGAUAUAAAGUGCUCUAUAGACCAGAUGGCCAAUUUAAUGGCACAUUAUUUAAGACUGGUAAACAUUAUAUAGAAGUUCCUGCUCCUCUUAAGGGUCAGUACGUUGUUGAAGUCCGAGUUCACAGUGAAGGAGGAGAUGGAGAAGUAGCUCAAGUAAGAAUUCCAGGAGCUGCUGUGGGAAUAUCACCUAGUUGUCUUGGUUUAUUGCUGCCUGCCAUUGGUAUCCUUGCCUCCUUGGGAUUCUGAAUGUAGCUGGAUUUAACACGUCCACAAUUUAGUGCAAAGAACCUUCCAACCUGAGAGGAUUUCAGUUCCAUUUUGAUCUCUGUGGCACCAUCCUAAGCCAAAUAAAUUACACUUUCAAGCAAAUUAUCCUCCUAUGGACUUCAAAGACUGAGGCAUCCAGGAACUCCUUCAUCAAGCAACUCAACUUUUGAAAGUUUGAGAAAUGAUUUUUAACUUGUUCCAAUUAUGCCUUAUGAAACACUUGUGCUGAUCUGCGACAGUUGCAUGAUUCAGUCCAAUCGGGCAAGUUACAGUGUUAAAACCCAAUAACAUAGGCUGUACAGAAAAAGUAAAAUCACCACACAUAGGUGCUUUAACUUUAAUAACAAAUUGUGAAAACAUAAUAGAGAUUGAAAUGUUGAUUGUAUGUGGUAUAUGUAGGAGUAACUACGUCUGUCCGUACUAUCCUAUAUGUUUUGUGUACUGCAUAUUUUCGAAUGGCCCAUGUCAUUUAUGACAUUCCAAGUUUUUAGAGAUACAGUCAAAGCAAAUACAUUGCUCUCAUUUAUUUUAUGAUUAUUAUUAUUUUGCAGCUUUUCUUCUUGAAGUGAUUAAAUUGUGGGUUGAGAACACUGGAAUCUAAGUUCAUUAACAAUGAAUCUUAUUUCAGAUGGAUUUGGAGGUGUUAUACCAAUAAUAACAGUAAAGAAUUUCCCAGCACCUUAAUUUUAAUAUGAUAGACUAAUUCAAGAUGUAGUUUUACAAAUAAUGCUAGUCAAGCCAAGUGUGAUUUUUCUCAGUCACAGAGAGGUUUGUUUUGCUGUAAAGGAUAUUAAUGGCUAUAUAAGCAAAUUUAUUUAAGAUGUAUCCAACAAUUAUUGCCACAGUCAUAAAAUACCAGAUUUAAAUAUCAAGAUUAUAAACAGCCUCAGUCUUUAAACAGCCAAUAUAAUGGUACAGUGAGAUUUGAAAAAUGAUUCCAUGUUAGGAUCAAUAUUAAAAUGGAUAGAAUAUUUAAAGUAGCACUUUAGUGUGAAUCAUCUAUAGUAACAACAGAUAGGAUAUGCAGUAAAAAGAAAGAAAGAAAAGUGUAGCACAUAGCAAAACUUAUCCUGAGAGUUAUUUUUUUGUGACACAUAUAUUGCCUUAAUUUAGUGAAGGCCAACCGUUAGGAGAAUGAUUUGCAUUUUCCAAUAAAUUAAUAUUGUUCUACUUCCUAGAGCUGUAAAUAAGAGUUGUAAAGUUCUAAUAUGAUUUUCCCCUGUUUAAUAAUCCCAAAAGAUAGAAAAAUAUGUUGUUAAAAUUCAGAACUAUCUCAACCGUUCUGCCUGUUUUUUAAGUUUUAGUUAUGCUUUCAAAACUGGAAUCCCUAUAGGAGAUACAGAAUGUCUUUGUUCUGACUGUUUCUAUGCUGUAUUUAAAGUUAUUAAAAAAAGAAAUGCCAAUUUCUUUCAGAGUCCAUGGUGUGCUGGGAAUAUGGUGUGAAUGUGGGGAAGGGGGGAUGCACCACUCAAGUGAUAUUGAAUCAGCUGGCUCAAGUAAUAGUGCAAUGUCUGAUGCUUCAAGAAUUAUAAGCUUUGAAUCAUAUUUUAUUAGCACAGCCUCGCUAGCUGCUUUAGAGAUAGAACUGAACUUUAUAGGACUGAUACUGUAGCCGCCCAUGAUACUACUGUCUUCGUGAAGAAAGAACAGACCUGUCAAUACUUUACACUCUUUCUUUAAUUUGUAUAAUUUUUGUACUGUAAAUUUACAUUUUAAAAGUCUAGAUUUGUCAUGAGAAAUAUCAAUAAUACUGUUUUAUUUUAAUUUUGACUCUUUGUUACAAGUUGAAACUUUUUUAAAAAGUAGGUGAAAAUUAUAAUUUCCAUGUAGAAGAAUGUCCAAAGCUGUACAAGCACUACUGAGUUUCAUAAAUUAUGUACUUCUUUGAAAGAAACAAAGAUGUCUUCAUGCAAGAGGAACUAAUACUUUGGAAUCCAUCUGUGGUAUGUUUUAAUUUGGUUCAGUUUUUAGCCAAUGUAAUUCAUUUUUAUAUAACCUGCAAUACAACUAAAUUUUUUUGCCAAAAUGCAUGAUUGCCUUUAAUUUUCUAACACAUAAGGAACAAAACCAGAUCGUUUUUGCAUGAAGACAAUUUGGAAGGUCAAAGCACACAUAUUUAAUUUAAUCUGCAACACAGAGUUUUCAUCAGUCAUAUUAAUUAGCUAAUCCCCAAUUUACAUUGUUGCACAAAAAUGCUCAAAUUUUACUGGGACCUACAGUCCCCAACAAUUGUCAGCACAACUAAUUAUUCACUGUAUCAUCUGCUUUACAAUGCAAGGUUCUUAAUUAAAGUUUCUAUAGAUAGACAAAUUGGUUGUUUCUUUGUAUUCCAGGUAAUAUUGAACUUAGUAUUCCUUGAUACUGGUGACUUUUGGAUUUUUGAGUUCCUUUUUAUCAUUAUUUUUCCUAUGGAGUAGACCAGGACCAUGCUUUGUCCAUUUUAUGGUUGAAAAAUAAAUUAUAAUUAAAUAAAUGUAUUAAUGGUACUUCACAUGCAACAAUUGUCACUUGACUUUUCCAGAGGGUUGAGUCAAUAUUUUUGCAGGAUGAGCGAGACAAAAAUGGGAAGAACCACAUCCAUAGAGACAAAUUGUCCUUCAGAAAUUUUUCACAAUCUUGGAAUUUAUGGCUUAAUUGAUUUUUUCCCUUUGAUAAUGCAGGUUCCCCAUUGUGAAUGCUGAAAACAUAAAAUUACCUUUUCUUCU